GCCUGUGCCGAUACUUUUGGAAUCCCCUUGCUCGUCCUUCUGAAAGCGCCGCAGUAACAGCAAGCGUCCAAACACCUGAACAAUAAUGGCUCCAGUUCAAUACAGUGAUUUGGGAAAAGGAUCCCGAGAUCUUUUCUCUAAAGGCUACAAUUUUGGACAGAUCAAACUUGAGUGCAAGACGAAGGCGGCAAAUGGCGUUGAGUUCAACACGACGGGCAGCUCCUGCAACGAGAGCGGGAAGGUCGCCGGCAACCUGGAGACAAAGUACAAGUGGAGCGAGUAUGGACUGACGUUCACGGAGAAGUGGGACACGAACAACGUGCUAGCGACGAUGAUCACCAUUGAGGAUCAGAUAGCUAAGGGAUUGAAGCUGACCUUUGACUCGUCCUUCUCCCCACAGACAGGCAAGAAAUCCGGACAGAUCAAGACCGCCUACAAGCACGACUACGUGCACGUGAACGCAGAUGUGGAUCUUGACUUUGCGGGACCCCAGCUGCACGGCUGCGCCACCGUCGGGCACAACGGAUGGCUCGCGGGCUACCAGGCGUCGUUCGACACCGCCAAGUCCACGCUGACGAGAAACAACUUUGCGAUCGGAUACGCGACCGACGACUUUGUGCUCCACACGAACGUCAACGACGGGCAGGAGUUCUGCGGCGCCAUCUACCAGAAGGUGAACGACGAUCUGGAGACGGCUGUGCAGCUGAGCUGGACGGCAGGCAGCAACGCGACGCGGUUCGGACUCGCCGGCAAAUACACGUUCGACAACGACGCGUCCGUCAGCGCCAAGGUGAACAACUCCAGCCAGCUCGGUGUAGGCUACUCGCAGCAAAUCAGGAAAGGGGUCAAGGUCACGCUGUCGGCGCUCAUCGAGUCGAAGAACCUGAAUGCCGGAGGUCACAAGUUCGGCAUCGGAUUCGAUCUCAGCCCAUAAGACUGUCGCCGCCGCUCACAGCAGCAGCCGCUGCAGCAGCAACAGCAGAAGCAGCAGCAGCAGCAGUAGCAGCAGCAGCAGCAGCAGCAGUGGCGGCAGUGUUGGAGCAGCAGCAUUGGAGCAGCAGCAGCAGCCGGAGCGACUAACUAGCCAAUGGUAGUUGUAGCACUGACCGCCUCGCGACGAACCGAGCGUGCAGGACAGACCACCAGCGGCGGCGGCGGCGGCAACGCCCUGCGAAAUACGUCACUCUGAAGACGAAGAUGCGACGACGACGACGACGACGCCGCCAUGACGCGACUCCCCGACUCCGUCGAGCGACGAGAGGGAGAGGUUGCGUAUCUCGCUUCUUGGCGCGUCUCUCCUGAAGGUGGACCGUGUGUCGUCAACCCUGCGGGGAGGCCGUCUGCGAUAGCGGGUACCGCUCUCAAGCUCCGGGGUCGCCGUGGUCGCGGCUGCGCCCCCUGGUGUGCUGUCCUGCACACUAGUAACCAUAGCACUACAAAAUACCCACCCGGCUGACACUUGUAUGAUAAUUGACAUAUUGACAUAUGGUAAUCACAAAAAUGCUCUCUCGUUCUGCUGAUUCGCUCUUUUUAUUAACGGUACUUUUUGAUAGUUGUGAUCUUCGUAGGCGCCGGCUGACGUGUCCCGAAACGCGAGCUUGUAUUUAUUUUGGCCGACCCCUGUUCUUUGUUAGGACGGUGUAUAAAGUCUUGUUUCCUUAGUAAGCCCCGCGGAGGUGGAAGCAGAUUAUUCGUUGAUUACUGAAACCUCCUCGGUGUCUAGGUAAACUCUCUUGCGUUCGAUAGCGCGGUUUUUCGCUGAUGAAAGAUUGGAGACGUGAAUUUUGUCGGCAUGCAUGCGCGCGCGGACGCGAGAGCGAGAGCGAACGAUUGCCUUAGCGAAACGCGGGUGGGGGAGCCAGGAGCUGCGACGCAGAUGAUGCUACGCCAUCCCGUCAAAAGCACGCGGGCAAGAAGGCGACCUGUUUAUCGGUCACGCGCUGCCCGCCCACCGCCAUCUUGCCGCUACGUAUCGCUCCCCUGCGUGCCGGUGGCGCGCGCCCCCGCGGCCCAUUCAACCCUCGUGGAUAGCCAGCCCGGACUGCACGCACUCCGAGAUCGUCGGGGCAGCGAACGCGCACCGACGGGUAGCGCCACCGCGCCUCGGUCUGCGUGCAGUCGUCCCGUAUACGCGAGCGGACGCAGCGCUGGUGUUGUUUCGAUCGUCGGCGCGCACGCGAGCGCCCCCUGCCGGCGGAAGCGGACGGCGACGAGAGUCGCCGUACCUGACCCGUUUGCGUCGGCCAGGGGGCGCCACCGGCGCGGGGACGACUAAGGAGCCGAGAAGGGAGGUUGCUCACCGUGCGAUGGGAAGGGGGUCAUGCCGUGGCGCCCUCUAGCGGCAGGAAUGCCCCGUGACCCCUGUAUGACCUUACGGAUGGCCCCCGGACUCGGUUCGCGGUCGCGAGCGUGGAGGCGGUAGCGUCGGCGAUGGACGGGCGCGCGGCUGUAAGUGGCGCCCCCUGCAUUCCUCUCGCGCGCGGCGUUUCUUCGGCGAUGGGUUUGCAUCUCGUUCUCGCGUCGGACUUGUGUGUGUCGAUCGUUUGUACGCGCACGUCGAUGUGGAACAUGUUUCGGUGCGCACUCGUUGUCACAACGGUAAUCGGCACGGCGACGGAUUCUCGAAUUCUUGCUUUCUUUUGGAAAAAUGUGAAUAAAAAAAUAAUAAAAUUGGAAAUGUAGUGAUGUACCAAA